AAUUAUACGAAAACGAAUACGGAGUAUCUUUACCGAUUGUCGGUUCUAGCCUCGGCCGGAUUCAGUUACACCGACGCGAUGAAGAACAAAAACGUCGUGUGGAACGAGGCCACGUUGGAUGAAUAUUUACGUUUACCGAAAAAUUUUAUCCCCGGCACGAGGAUGGUGUUCGCCGGUAUUAAAAAAGCUGACGAGCGUAAGGACGUGAUCGCUUAUUUAGCAACGUUGAAGUGAACAUUUUUGUAAAAUUGUCUUAUAUCUUGUUGUGAUAUAACCUGUACAGUAGUGUGUUCCGAAACAACGUGUAUAAUUAAUAGCAGUUGCAAAGUGAAUAAUAAAUCGAGAAAAUU